CGCUGCUCUCGCGGCCCGUCCGUCCCCUCUGACCCGGCGCCGCCGCCGCCGCUCCAUCCGGGCCCUCGGCGCCUCUCGGGGAAGAUGGCGGCGCUGCUCCCGGGAGAGUGGAUAAAGAACUGGGAGAAAGGCGGCAAGAGCGAGUUUGUGCAGCUGUGUCGUGCUCUCAGCGAAAACAAAAACCAUGAUGUGGGUUUCAGAGAUAUCCAGCAGGCUUUGUAUGAGCUUGCAUACCACGUUGUCAGAGGAAACUUAAAGCAUGAUCAAGCUUCUAAUGUUCUUGGCGAUGUCAUAGAAUUUCGAGAAGACAUGCCUUCUAUCCUAGCUGAUGUAUUCUGCAUAUUAGACAUUGAAACAAGUUGUUUAGAGGAAAAAAAUAAGAGGGAUCAUUUUACACAACUGGUGUUGGCCUGUUUGUAUCUUGUAUCUGACACUGUCCUAAAGGAGCGUUUAGAUCCAGAGACGCUGGAGUCAUUGGGACUCAUCAAGCAGUCUCAACAGUUCAAUCAAAAGUCUGUUAAAAUAAAGACAAAACUAUUUUAUAAGCAACAGAAGUUUAAUUUGCUAAGAGAGGAGAACGAAGGUUAUGCAAAGCUCAUUGCAGAACUGGGUCAAGACUUAUCUGGAAAUAUCACUAGUGAUUUAAUCCUUGAAAAUAUCAAAUCUUUAAUAGGAUGUUUCAACCUUGAUCCUAACAGAGUUUUGGAUAUUAUCCUAGAAGUCUAUGAGUGCAGGCCUGAGUAUGAUGACUUCUUUGUACCACUGAUUGAGUCUUACAUGUACAUGUGUGAACCUCAAACUCUAUGCCAUAUCCUUGGGUUCAAAUUCAAAUUUUAUCAGGAUCCGAGUGGUGAGACACCUUCCUCCUUAUACAGAGUUGCUGCUGUCCUUUUGCAACAUAAUCUCAUAGAGUUGGAAGAUCUUUAUGUUCAUCUUCUGCCAGGGGAUAAUGCCAUCAUGGAGGAACACAAGCGAGAGAUAGUGGAAGCUAAACAAAUUGUCAGAAAACUUACAAUGGUUGUCUUGUCAUCUGAAAAGACUGAGGAAAAGGAGAAAGAAAAGGAGAAAGAGGAGGAGAAAACCGAAAAGCCUCCUGAUAAUCAAAAGCUUGGCUUAUUGGAAGCCUUAUUAAAAAUUGGUGAUUGGCACCAUGCACAAAGUAUUAUGGAUCAGAUGCCUCCCUUUUACACUACUUCGCACAAGCCGAUCGCGGUUGCCCUUUGCCAGCUCGUCCAUGUGACAAUUGAGCCUCUGUACCGCAGAGUUGGUGUACCUAAAGGAGCUAAAGGGUCACCGAUUUCUUCUUUGCCAAACCAGAGAGCACCAAAACAAGCAGAGAGCUUUGAGGAAUUGAGAAAGGAAGUGUUCAACAUGCUUUGUUACCUUGGUCCUCAUCUGUCCCAUGAUCCCAUUUUGUUUGCAAAAGUAGUGCGCCUUGGAAAAGCAUUUAUGAAAGAGGUUGGAACUGUGAAGAAAUUCGUCAGUGACAGAGUGGUUAAGUUUCAGUCUGAUGGAAGCAAACAAGAAGAUAAAGAGAAAAUGGAGACGCUGUUCAGCUGUUUGUUGAGUAUCACCGAUCAAGUCUUGCUUCCAUCCCUUUCUUUGAUGGACUGCAAUGCAUGCAUGUCUGAGGAAUUAUGGGGGAUGUUCAAAACUUUUCCAUACCAGUACAGGUACCGCCUUUACGGGCAAUGGAAGAACGAAACGUACAACAGUCACCCACUCCUGGUGAAAGUUAAAGCUCAAACCAUAGACCGAGCCAAGUAUAUCAUGAAGCGUUUAACUAAGGAAAAUGUGAAACCCUCUGGGAGACAAAUUGGGAAGCUCAGCCACAGCAAUCCUACAAUUUUAUUUGAUUAUAUCUUAUCACAAAUACAAAAAUACGAUAACUUAAUAACUCCGGUCGUUGAUUCAUUGAAAUACCUCACUUCACUGAACUACGAUGUCUUGGCUUAUUGUAUCAUUGAAGCACUGGCAAACCCUGAAAAGGAGAGAAUGAAGCACGAUGACACUACGAUCUCGAGCUGGCUGCAGAGUCUGGCAAGCUUUUGUGGUGCAGUUUUCCGAAAAUACCCAAUUGAACUUGCUGGUCUACUGCAGUAUGUAGCCAACCAACUGAAAGCUGGGAAAAGCUUCGAUUUGCUUAUUUUAAAAGAAGUUGUACAGAAAAUGGCAGGGAUAGAAAUUACUGAAGAAAUGACAAUGGAACAGUUGGAAGCCAUGACUGGUGGAGAACAACUGAAGGCUGAGGGUGGAUACUUUGGCCAAAUCAGGAAUACAAAGAAAUCAUCUCAGAGAUUGAAAGAUGCAUUAUUGGACCAUGAUCUUGCCCUCCCACUGUGCCUACUUAUGGCUCAGCAGAGAAAUGGUGUGAUCUUUCAAGAGGGAGGGGAAAAACAUCUGAAACUGGUGGGAAAGCUGUAUGAUCAGUGCCAUGACACCCUGGUACAAUUUGGUGGGUUUUUAGCAUCCAACCUAAGCACAGAGGAUUACAUUAAGCGAGUGCCUUCUAUCGAUGUUCUGUGUAACGAGUUUCACACGCCUCACGAUGCUGCGUUUUUCCUCUCAAGACCCAUGUAUGCACACCACAUUUCAUCAAAGUAUGAUGAACUAAAAAAAGCAGAGAAGGGAAAUAAACAGCAGCACAAAGUUCACAAAUAUAUUACAUCGUGUGAGCUGGUGAUGGCUCCUGUUCAUGAAGCUGUGAUUUCUCUGCACCUCCCCAAAGUUUGGGAUGACAUCAGCCCUCAGUUUUAUGCCACAUUCUGGUCUUUGACAAUGUAUGACCUUGCCGUCCCACAUAGCAGCUAUGACAGAGAAGUCAAUAAACUUAAAGUCCAGAUGAAAGCCAUAGAUGACAAUCAGGAAAUGCCUCCAAAUAAAAAGAAAAAAGAAAAGGAACGUUGCACAGCUCUGCAGGACAAGCUCCUUGAAGAGGAGAAGAAGCAGUUGGAGCAUGUGCAGAGAGUUCUACAGAGACUGAAACUAGAGAAAGAUAACUGGCUUCUGGCAAAAUCUACCAAAAAUGAGACUAUCACCAAAUUUUUGCAGUUGUGCAUAUUUCCCCGGUGCAUUUUUUCGGCAAUUGAUGCAGUUUACUGUGCUCACUUUGUUGAACUGGUGCAUCAGCAGAAAACACCCAACUUCUCCACACUUCUCUGCUAUGACCGAGUUUUCUCUGAUAUUAUAUAUACAGUUGCAAGUUGCACUGAAAAUGAAGCCAGUAGAUAUGGCAGGUUUUUAUGCUGUAUGCUGGAAACCGUGACUAGAUGGCACAGUGACAGAGUCAUAUAUGAAAAGGAAUGUGGCAACUAUCCAGGCUUCCUGACUAUAUUACGGGCAACUGGAUUUGAUGGUGGAAAUAAGGCUGAUCAAUUGGAUUAUGAGAAUUUUAGACAUGUGGUACACAAAUGGCACUAUAAAUUAACUAAGGCUUCUGUGCACUGCCUGGAAACGGGUGAAUAUACACAUAUCAGAAACAUCCUGAUUGUGCUGACCAAAAUCCUUCCAUGGUAUCCAAAAGUGCUGAACCUGGGUCAAGCCUUGGAAAGAAGAGUACACAAGAUAUGUCAGGAAGAGAAAGAGAAGAGACCUGAUCUAUAUGCAUUGGCUAUGGGCUAUUCUGGACAGUUGAAAAGUAGGAAGCCUUUCAUGAUACCUGAAAAUGAAUUUCACCACAAAGACCCACCUGCCAGGAAUGCUGUACCUGCAACAGUACAAAAUGGGCCAGGUGGUGCUGGGAUGCCAACGUCUCUCACAAUAAAUACAGUUAGACUGGAAGAGGGCACUACUGAGGAGACUGAUAAACUGAAGGAGAAGUCUCAGGGUGUGGUGAAAGUUAUUAAUAAAACUGUCAACGCUACACCAAAAGUGACAACAAGCAAUGGAAAUAGUGCAUCUAAUAGCAAAAUUAUUAAAGAGAAAGAUGAUAAAGAAAAAAGCGGGAAGGAAAAAGAUAAAGAAAAAAAAGACAAGACUCCAGCUGCCACUCCGGAGAUGAAGGCACUUGGGAAGGAUGGGAAAGAUAAACCGAAGGAAGAACGGGCAAACAAAGAGGAGAAAGCAAGAGAGAUCAAGGAGAAAACGCCGAAAUCUGACAAAGAGAAGGAAAAAGUCAAGAAAGAAGAAAAAGCUUCAAAAGAAGAAAAAUCCAAGACGGUUGUUACCAUCAUUGAGUCAAAGUCAGCUGCAGAAAAGGAGAGAGAAAAGGAGCCGUCCAGAGAAAGAGAUUUGGCGAAGGAAAUGAAAUCCAAGGAAAAUGCUAAAGGAGGAGAAAAGGUGCCAGUAGCUGGGUCCUUGAAGUCACCUGUUCCCCGAUCAGAAACAUCAGAAUCUGAAAGGGAACAAAAACGCCGCAAAGUUGAUACACAUUCUUCUCCAUCACAUUCCUCAACAGUAAAGGUUAGUAUAGCCUGAGGAAGGCAGCACCCAUGUUAGGCUCACGAGUUUGGGAUGCCAGUAUUCGACUUCCUUCAAGUUUUGUGCCAAGUAUACACUGGAACCACUGGAGGUUUUUUGUUGCAUUAGAAAAUGCAUUCCUUUUCUUUAUUGGCGGACUGUCUUUUUUCUAUAAAAAUAUUUUUUAAUUAACCAAAAUAAUGCUUCAAGGACCUAGCACAAAUUUUGUAAAAUAGUGUUUGGAAAUUGCAAGAGAAUUUUUACACAGAAGUGCCUCAUUGCUUUAAGCAGUCAGUUUUUUUGGAGUGCAAUGGUAGCUACAAGCAAAUGAGUCUUUGCAACAGAGUGGAGCAUAUUUUUCUGCACUUCUAUUGAAGAAUCUGUAGCACUGAAGAUUCCUGGAUGAUACGGGAUGUGCGAUACCUCUGAAUUCAUCAGGCUUCUUGAUGAGCAUCAUACCGAUAUGUGCCUUCUAAGGAGGAGUCUUGAAAGGAGUUCCAUUUUAAAGUCUCCUUGGUGAUCAGUUCUCCUGUAGUUGUGUAUAUUCAGUGCGCAUGCAGCUUCUGUUGUACCUUCCCUUCGAGGUUUGUUUAUUUCCAAUGGGUUCCCACCAUGUUGAGCCCUGCGUUACGAUAAAACCAGAUGUGGCAACCAAGCCUCCUACCCAGCAAAGAGAAACCCCAAGCAUUCAAGCGCAGCACAAAACCAUGGGCGUAGCCUACUUGAAGACUCAGGGUAGCCAUUCCUUGCUCCAUAUUUAUAUUAUUUCUAAACCAUCUAUGUUCAUGGAAUCUUUGAAUUUGCAGUACGUUGAACAUUUAAAACUGUAAGUUACUAAUACUUCAUCAAGAGCACUGUGAUGGAUUAUGUGGGUCUUUAAACUUCACCAUCUUACCAACUCUAGAACAACCUCUUCUUUUUUUUUUUUUUUUCUGUUUUUUUUCAAAGAGUACAUCUUUUUCUGUGUAAGAUUUACUUGAAAGAUUUAGCUUAAUUUUGGAAAACUCGAAUAGCUUUUACUAGUUUCGAGGAAACAGGUGACAGUGAUAACUACUCAUAAUGAUCAAGUUUUUCGUAAAUGGCAGCGUAAAGUCAUUCUAGAGUGACUUCUACCACAUUUAACUGGAA